AUGGAUGCGUGGGCACGAUCACGUGCAGUGCCAUCCCCGACAACCAACACCACGUACCGCAGGCGGAGGUUCCAGACGCCAUCGCCACUGCUGCACUCCAUCCCACAUGGCUCACAGCGUCGCGCGGUGUCGCCCGUACCGGCCGUGUCGCCUCUGCCGCGCGGCCCACCCUCCAUCUCCCCAUCAGCACGGAAGCCGCCGCCCCAGCAGCAGCAGCAGCGCGCCCGCACACCGUCAUCACGGCCCAGCAGCCGCUUCGGUCUCUCCGCUGAUGUCCCCGCAUGGACAUCAAGACCACGCUCCCUGUCGUCGUCAGAACAGCGCUCCCUCGGGAUGGCAGUGCAGGGCACAGGCCGCCGCGCCCCCUCCGCCACACCCACGCUGUCCCCGCCAUCGUCUUCAAGCACAACUGCAGUAUUGUCUGGCACCCCGACUCCAGGCGACGACGUGUUCGAAAGCUCGCGCCCACCACCAUCGCCAUCGUCCUCCUUCUCACCGCACUCCUGGAGUGUCCGAUCCACCAAGACAUCCACCACCACAACCACCACCACCACCACGCCAGCAACAGCGCAGCCACAGCCCUACCCAUCCCACCACCACGGCAGUGGAACCACAGCAGCGUCCCUCCUGGACCUCACACACCACUCGCCGGCAUCGGCAGCGUCGACACCGUCGUCGCGCAGCAGCUUUGGUGGUGAUCGCACGCCAUUGUGCCGACCAACCAGCCCGCGCAGUGACGCACCACGCUGCUCCCUCAACGCAACGACAAGUGCUGGCACAUCGUCCACAACCACGACCACAACAACCACAACAGCGUAUGGCGGUGUUGGUUCGCGAUCACAGCAAGCUGCCACCACGCCGCCAACCUCGCCUCUGAAGCAGUUCUUUGACAGCCCCUGGUCGAGUGCAAACACACGCGAUGGCACGGCGACGAUGCGCCCAACACCCCGCGGGCCGCGGCAGCAGCGGCCGCCAUCAGGCAAGAAGCUGUUGCCGCUGCCGCCAAAUGCAGCUCGCUCGCCCAAGAUCACGCGCAAGGCAACGUCGCCCAUGCAGCCGUGGAACCGCCCAGCACCCAUCGUACUUGGACCCGUGAACACGCAGGCCGGUGAUGGUGGUGAGGCAGGCGAUGGUGGUGGUGGUGAAACUUGUGAGCAGAGCGUGCAUGGAAAGGGUGAGUGCACGACCAGCAAAGAUGGUGUUGACGAUGAUAGUGACGAUGAUGGUGGUGGGGGUGGUGGGGGUGAUGAUAAGGGUGCCGUACACGGCGGGCGCGAGCGCAGUAGCUGCAGCCAUGAGCAGGACGCCGCCACUGCGGAUGCGAACGAGAGUGGAGUCGAUGGCAACAGAACCACAACCCGCACCCUCCGUAUCCACAACAGGAGCGUUCGCAUGGUGAGACAAAAGGCAUUGAGGUUCAAUCCAGACGAAGACGAAGACGACGAUGGUGAUCACGAUCACGAUGACGUGAGCGGGAAUUCGCACACCACAACAGGCAGUACAGGGCAUGCGCGCACCAACACAACGCCUGGUGGUGCCCCAGAUCAACAACGACAGCAGCAGCAGCAGCAGCAGCAGCAGGUGACGCCGUCACCGCCGUCUGACGCAAAACCGCGGACCCGUCGACCCCUUCGACGUCAGCACUCGUCACCAGCACUCAUCGACUCAGCUGACGAGAAGACCACAGCCGCGAAGUCGCCGUCCGCAUCAAGCACAGCGUCAUCGUCAUCAUCGUCACCAUCAAAGCCACCACGACCGCUGAUUGGCGUGUGCUCGAUGGCUGGCGGCAUUGCUGGUGUUGCAAAGGAGAACCAGGACAGCUACUUUGUUCUCGAAAACCCAACACAGGCGAGCGAUUUCGUGGUUGGUGUUCUGGACGGCCACGGUGUUCAUGGGGAAAAGGCGUCCGGUUUCGUCAGGAAAGCGUUUCCCGCGCGGUUGCUGCGUCGUGACAUCACGCUCACGCCAAGCACCGCCCUCAAGGACACUGUAUUGGAGACGGCAAAAGCGCUCGACAGGGCUGGAUUCAGUGUCCGCGAGUCUGGAACAACAGCGGUGACUGUGCUGAAACAUGGGAAAUUCCUCCACAUUGCGAAUGUCGGCGAUUCCCGCGCUGUUGUCGGGCAGCGGCGCAGCAAAGGCGGCACCACCACCAUCGCCGCCGUUUCCCUCACCCGCGACCACAAACCAAGCGACCGGGCAGAGCUGCUGCGUGUGCAGCGGGCGGGCGGUGUUGUGGAGCCCUCGUUUGUACCUGGCAUGGGGUACCAGGGGCCCAUGCGCGUGUGGAAGAAGCGGCAGCAGCUGGGCGGUCUUGCCCUCUCGCGUUCCAUCGGUGACACCGCGCUCGCAACCGCUGGCGUCAUUCCCGUACCGGACGUCCUGCAGCGGGAGUUGACAUCGCACGACGAAGUGCUGGUGUUGGGCAGCGACGGGGUGUUCGACCACUUGUCAAACAACCAGGUUGUGCAAAUUGCUGCUCGCUUCGGCGAUCCGCAGCGUGCGGCCGAGGCGGUGGUGAAGGAGGCGCGCAGGAAGUGGACGGAGGAAGGGGGAGGAUACAUUGACGAUGUGACGGCGCUCGUGGUGAUGCUGAACCCCUCCCACCAGCAGAUGCAGCAGCAGCAGCAGUCGCAACAGCAGCAACAGCGGCAUCAACAUCACCAGCAGCCACGGAGCCCGCGCUCGCCCCGCCGCGGCCCACUGCACGGCCACCACCGCCACUCACACAGGCAACGCCGUCGCAAACCAACCAUCCCACACUGA